CCAACUCUGGCUCCCUGCAGGGUCCCCACACCCCCCAGUCCACAGGUAGCAGCUCCAUGGCUGAGAUGUCAGAGGGCAUGAAGCGCCCCACUCCCGCCACCACACCCCACGGACACAUGACCGCCCAGCCAGGCAAUAGGUAGGUCACAGGCCAGGGGCCACUCAUAGCCCGAUAGUGUGGGGUGUACGUGUGUGUACACGUGUCUGUCUGUCGGUGUGUCUAAAUCUGACUGUAUCCAUGCACGGAUACCCCUCCUCAACCCUUCGUAUCAUCCUUUCUUGUCCUCCUCACCCCUCCUGUAUGUGUCUCAGGAACAGUGUUGGUAUCCGUGUCCAGGAUCCCUUCUCAGAGGUCAGUGACCCUGCCUUCCACAAGCGAGGGCCCAUGCCCUCUGGCGCCCCCUACCAGCAGGCGGGCGGUAGUGCAGACCCCUCCAUGAGAAUGCAGUACGACACCAACAAGGACCCCUAUGCAGGGCCCCGGAAGGGUGAGUGGACCAGACGCUCCUUAACCACAUGGCAUAACAAAGUGAAUUCACAUAACACAGUACACGCCUACUGGUAUUGUCCGCAUUGGUUGUCUGCGCUGUGUUCUUUUUGGGGGAUUGUUUGUGUAUUAGUAUUGUACUGUUAGACAUUUACUGCACUGCUGGAGUUAGAAAUAGAAGCAUUUCGCUGCACCUGCUUUAGCAUCUGCUAAUCUUUGUAUGCGACAAAUAAACGUACAUUUUGAUACUAGAUGAACAAUGUGAUGUUAGUAAAAGUCAAGUAAUACACCUGUUGUCUGAACUGGAUAUGGCUGGCACUUCUUCAAUUCUCCAUCUAGGUUAAAAUUGCUUUUCAUCCUUGUUUUUGUUUAGGCCAUCAGACCUGAAUCUCUCUCUCUGCUGUGAUUGUUUCCUUAGACUAUGUUGCCCCCCAGUGUUCAAAUCAUGUACUACACAUCCUUUCCUUUAAUAACACCUAACAUGAAUGCUGAUGGUAUCAGAAUAGCCUGUAUUCCCCAAUUACACUUACCAAGAAUUUGACCUGGUGAAAAUGGUGCUGACAACAUUAAGCAGAGUAUACAGACAGAAUAUAGACAAAAUAAUUUACACUUUAUCGACUUACCGUAUAUACAAUAUCUAUUCUCCCUCCACAGGGCCAGGGGGCAGUGAGCCCUAUGGACCAGGUCAGAUGCCCAGCGGUGCCAUGCAGGACAUGUACCUCCGUGGUCCUCCCUCAGGGCCAGGUCAGAUGCCCAGCAGUACCAUGCAGGACAUGUACCUCCGUGGUCCUCCUUCAGGAGCCAUGCCAGGGAUGGGUAUGGGCCCCGGCCCGCGGUCACAGUACCCAUACGGGCCUAGCUACGACAGGAGGUGGGUAUCUUAAUAACCAGAUAUUCUAUAGUAGAUACAUUACUGAGUGCCAGCAGCAUACCACCCUGCAUCCCACUGCUGGCUUGCCUCUGAAGCUAAGCGGGGUUGGUUAAUGGGAGACCAGAGGCUGCUGGAGGACCAGUAGUAGGCACGGGGCAGUGAUCGGGGACAUUGCCCUGGGUAAGGUGCGGUCUUUCGGAUGGGAUGUUAAACAGGUGUCCUCUCUGUGGUCACUAAAGAUCCCAUGGCUCUUAUGGUAAGAGUAGGGCUGUUAACCCCGGUGCCCUGGUUAAAUUCCCAAUCUUGCCCUCUUACCAUUAUGGCCACCUAAUCAUCCCCAGCUUCCAAUUGGCUCAUUCAUCCCCUCUCCUCUCCCCUGUAAUUAUUCCCCAGGUCAUUGCUGUAAAUGAGAAUGUGUUCUCAGUCAACUAACCUGGUAAAAUAAGGGUAACAUAAAAAAUAUAUAUCUGCAGGAAAAAGGGUGUUUCAUGCUUAAACAACUGGAGUAGAGGUGCUACCUUAAAUAAUCCAAUGCUGGAUCAGACGUUGAGGCAAAAUAUAUGAUUCAUUGUAAAUCCCAAGUCAAAAACAAUGCAUGAUGUUUCAGUCUGAGACAUCUAUCAGACAGUUAUAUAAAUGCCAGGAAUAAGCUGCCCAUAGUUGUCCUCCUACCCUCCAGACCAGACCAUGUGAUGGGUUUGGAGGGGGGUGUGGCUCCCCCUGGGAGUCAGAACAACAUGGGACCUUCCAGCGGUGACCCCAACUUGUACUCUGCCAACAGAUACCCCCAUCAGCGGUAAGACGUGUCUGUCUGAAUGAUGCAUAAAAACUGUUGGCAUUAAGUGAGUUUAUUAUUUAUAAAGCUACCUAUAUAUGUAUUGUUUAUUUGUGUUCUGACUGAGUGUGAUCCUCCUCCACUAUAGACCACAUGGACAUGAAGGUUAUGGGCAGCAGCAGUACCCUCACGGCCCCCUGCCUUAUGGCUCUCACCAGCCUGGGAUGUACCCGCAACAGGUCAGACCCAGCCUCAAGCCUCCCGCCCCUAGAGGGCACUGUGCUACAGCUACUAAAACUUGAACAGAUGGAAAACAGGCUAACUUGGCCAUUUCAAUGCAAAUUAAAGUCUAAACUGGGUUUGCGAUAGCGGUCUACCAGUAAGUAAUCAUCAUUGGCUUCUACUCCACCUUGUCCAACUCCAACAUCAUGGCUUGUUGAGAGAGUGGGGGGGGGGGGGGGGGGGGGGGGGGGGGGGGGGGGGGUUGAGAGAGAGCGAGAGAGAGAGAGUGCAAGGUUUAGAGAGAGACCAGCAAACUAUAAAUGGUCAUCUUUGCAAUUUACUGACUACAGUAUCUAACGUAUAAAGUUCUCUGUUCCCUCUCAGGGCUGUAAGAGGCCAGUGGGACAGGAGGGGAUGUAUGGUCCCCCUGCUAAGCGCCAUGAGGGUGAAGCCUACGGCAUGCAGCAGUACGGAGGGCAGCAGCCAGACAUGCACCGCCAGUACGGAAGGGGCUACAUGGGGCCGGAGCACAGGCCCAUGCAGGGCCAGUACCCUUACCCCUACAGCCGAGACCGCAUGGGAGCCAUCCAGGGGCCCCCACAACACGGCAUGAUGAGCGGAGGCCCCCCCUUACCCUCUGGAGCCUCUGCAGAGGGCCCCCAGGCCAACAUGUGGCACCCCAGGACAGACAUGGCCUACCCCGGGCCCUACCCUGGCCAACAGGGCCAGGGGCCACCUUACCCUGUUAUGAGCCGGGUUCCGGGGGAUGACCCAGAGGGAAGGGGCCUCCAGGAUGGCCAGUGGCCGCCCGGACACCCGGGCCAGCGCCAGCCCCCGUACCCACCCCCCUCUUCCUCCUCCAUGCCCCCCAUGGCUUCCCGACAUCCCUCCUCCUCCUACCAGUCUAACCCUGCCAUGGCCAACCACAUCGCUAGAGCCCACAGCCCCUCGCCCUUCCCCCGGCCCAUGGGGGGACCCGGACCCCUUUCCCCCAACAACGGGGGCCACUACAUGGCCUCUCUGAAGAAGGCAGGGAUGCCCGGGUCCAUGCCAGGCUCACACAAUGGGGGGAUGUCAGGGCAGGGCAUUCUACCUCUCCACAGAGAUAUCAGCUUCCCCCUAGGGUCUGUGGAGGCCACCCUGCCCAAACUCAAAGCCCGACACAGACUUACUUCCAAGGAGACCGGUAGGAGAAUUAACCUGUUAUUAUAGAGCAGUGUUUCCCAACCCGAGUCCUCCAGUACCCCCAACAGUACACUGUUUAGUUGUAGCCCUGGACAAACACACCUCAUUCAACUCAUUAAGGGCUUGAUGAUUAGUUGACAAGUUGAAUCAGGUGUGCUUGUCCAGGGUUACAAUACAAAUGUGUACUUUUGGGGAUACUGGAGGACCAGGGUUGGGAAACACUGUUAUAGAGCAUUAGCCAGGCAAUUCAUAAUGGGUGCAUCUGAAAUGGCAUCCGAUUCCCUUUAUGGGCCCUGGUCAAAAGUUGUGCACUAGAUAGGGAAUAGGGUGCCGUUUUCGAUGCAACCCUCGUCUCCUCUGACCUCGGAACUGUAACCUCUGACCCCCAGGAACCCCAGAGGCAUGGCGCGUGAUGAUGUCUCUGAAGUCGGGUCUGCUGGCUGAGAGCACGUGGGCGCUGGACACCAUCAACAUCCUGCUGUAUGACGACAGCACUGUGUCCUCCUUCACCCUGUCACAGGUGAGACGGUGCUGCACAAACCAUAUCCAUAGACAUGUCCAAUGAUAUCCAGUAUCCAUGAGACUAGACUAAAGCAAUGAUGUAAACCUCCAAUAUCUAUACCAUACCAUACCAUACUAAACCAUACCAUACCAUACCAUACUAAACCAUACCAUACUAAACCAUACCAUACUAAACCAUACCAUACCAUACCUAACCAUACCAUACUAAACCAUACUAAACCAUACCAUACCAUACUAAACCAUACCAUACCAAACUAAACCAUACCAUACCAUACUAAACCAUACCAUACUAAACCAUACCAUACCAUACCAUACCAUACUAAACCAUACCAUACUAAACCAUACCAUACUAAACCAUACCAUACCAUACUAAACCAUACCAUACUAAACCAUACCAUACUAAACCAUACCAGACUAAACCAUACCAUACCAUACUAAACCAUACCAUACCAUACUAAACCCAUACCAUACCAAACGAUGUCAAAUGCAUGGCUUCAUUCUAAGUGGUUAUUGGACCAUGACUGGAUUCAAGGAUAAACACCCCUAACCAAACCAUUGUCUAAUAGUCUUUCACACAAUCAUUUCAGAGAGCUACCUAACUUAUGAUAUGCUAUGUUUCCCCAGCUGCCUGGUUUCCUGGAGCUGAUAGUGGAGUACUUCCGCCGGUACCUGAUCGAGAUCUUUGGGAUCCUGGAUGAGUACGAGGUGGGCACCGAGGGUCAGAAGAUGCUGCUCGGACCAAUCACAGACCAGGAAGAGGAGCUUACCGUUCCAGAGCUUGGCAGCCAAUUAGACGAAGAGCAGAGGGAAAGUAGGCCAGAAGAGACGGGACCAGAGAAGACCACAGCCAACGGCAGCACAGAGGAGGCAGUCCCAGAGGAGGAGAAGGAGGAGCCUGUGGAGGUGACAGUGAAAGAGAAGGUAGAGGGGAAGGAAAAGGAGGAGGUGGCAGCCACCGAGCAGUCCCAGCCCCCAGAGCCCAGGCUCAAACAGGCCAGUAAGUAUGACAAGCUGCCUGUGAAGGUGGAGGAGGACCAAGUGGAGGAGGACCAGGGGCUCAGUCUGCCCAGGGGGUUCACCUCUGGCCUGCUGCACUGGAAGGCUGGAGGAGGGGACUCCACGGCCCACAUCCAGACACACUUCGAGAGACGUGGCGAGGAGACCAACAGCAAGCCUACAGAGAGGAAACAUAAGGGGGAAGAGAGGGAGGAUAGUGUAGGGGAGCUGGAGCAGAAGACAGAAACGACAGAGGAGGAGAGGAAGGCUGUUGUAGAGAAGAGCAUGACUGAGACAGUCACUAUGGACGAUAUGAGUGUCCGGCCAGGCUCUCUGUCAGAGAGGAACGGUCUUCCUGGGACGCAGACCCAGAGCCCCAUCUUCACCCUGCUGGAGGACGAGCCUCGCUGCUGGGACGAGGCGCCCCUCUCCACGGCUGAACCCUGGCAGGACGCCCUGGCCCGCCGCUGCGUUUGCGUGUCCAACAUCGUCCGCGGCCUCUCCUUCAUCCCGGGGAAUGACAACGACAUGUCCGGCCACCCGGGCCUGGUGCUGAUCCUGGGGCGGCUGGUCCUGCUACACCACCUGCACCCCCAGAGGAUGAGGACGCCUCCCAUCUACCAGAGAGAGGAGGAGCAGGGCCGGGCCUGCAGUAAAGACGAAUGGUGGUGGGACUGUCUGUCAGCGCUCAGGGAGAACACUCUGGUCACCCUGGCUAACAUCUCAGGUCAACUAGACCUGUCCCUCUACCCAGAGAGCAUCUGUCUGCCCAUCCUGGACGGCCUGCUCCACUGGAUGGUGUGCCCCUCUGCCGAGGCCCAGGACCCCUUCACCACGGCGGGCUGCUCCUCCUCCCUCACCCCCCAGAGACUAGUGCUGGAGUGCCUGUGCAAACUGAGCAUCCAGGACAACAACGUGGACCUCCUGCUGGCCACGCCACCCUUCAGCCGCCAGGAGAAGCUCUACGCCACCCUGGUGCGCCAUGUGGGCGAGCGGAAGUCCCAGGUGUGCCGUGAGAUGGCGGUGGCUGUGCUUUCUAACCUGGCGCAGGGGGACCCGACCGCGGCACGCGCCAUCGCCCUGCAGAAGGGCAGCGUGGGGAUACUCAUCGGCUUCCUGGAGGACUGCGUGGCCAUGUCCCAGCACCAGCAGGGACCCCCCAGCCUGCUACACCCAGCCCCACACCCCCAACCCCCCAGCCUGCUACACCCAGCCCAACACCCCGUACCCCCCAGCGUUAACAUGAUGUGCAGGGCCGCCAAGGCUCUGCUGGCCAUGGCCAAGGAGAACCGGACAGAGUUGGUUCUCUACGAGAGCAGGCUACUGGACAUCUCCCUGUCCUCUGUGCUGAGCUCAGCUGUGGCGGCCAUCAUGUGUGAAGUACUGUUUAAGAUUGGACGCUCCUCG